AUGUCAAAAGUUCAAGCCUCUGUCGUUAAAGUUCCAGACAGUGAACUCAUUGAAUUUCUUCAACGUUACAUUCGACGUAAGAGGAAAUAUUAUGCCAUCGUUGAAUUUAUACAGUCAGGAAUGCAAAAGACUUCUGAGGAGAUGGAAAGAAUUAUUGACAAACACCACUUACGUCAAUACUCAGGAGUUUACGAUAUGAAACGACUUACAAACUACAUUCUGUCAAAACUUUCAAAAUACCCCUUCAAAAAAUAUCCUUCAAACACUCUGCUCGUUUGCGACGACUUCGCCGGAAAAGGUUUAGUGUCAAAACCAGACUCACCAUUAGCUAACAUCAUUACUAAAGUCAGACAUUACCACUUAACUGUAGCAAUACUUAUGCAAACAUGGAGGUUUUUAGCUUUAAACAUAAAACGUCUCAUAACUGACUUCGUUAUCUUUCAAGGUUUCUCACGUUAUGAUAUUGAACUCAUUUGGAAACAGUCAGGUAUAACAUUACCUUUUGAAGAAAUUUGGGAAGCAUAUAAGUCUCUCAUCUCUCCUCGUUCAUACCUUGAGAUUCAUAUCAUGACUAAUACCAUUAAAGUCAAAAAUAUUCCAUGGGAACGACCAACAUUGUUUUAA